UCUUCAAAGCGACAUGACUGCAGAUAUUUCCAAGACGAAUCGACCCUCUCCAAACUGUACGUCAUGUCAGUCGGUCCGCUCCCCACUAUGGUAUAAAUAGACACAAUGUCGGUGAUCAAUCUUUGUUCAUGUCAAUAGAAGCUGACACCGGGCCACGGAAUUGGUCAAAUGCUGCCACCAUUCGCCAUAAUUAAUAACCCUCUGUAUUCUGGUUGCCUUCCGGAUCUGCUUUUGGAGCAACAUGCCCGGGCUCACUAAGUUCAAUGUCCAUCGACGAGGAGAAGAAAUCAGAAUCCUUCACAGAAAAUGUGGCUGUGGUGUCGAAUAACGCUGAUGACUCCAUGCUGUUGACAUUGGACGCCAGAAAAGCGGGAGAGCGGGCACUGGUGCGCAAAUUAGAUCGCCGGCUGAUGCCCACUGCUGUGAUCAUAUACCUCUUGAACUACAUCGACCGUGUCGCCAUUACUGCUGCACGGCUGCAGGGUUUAGAGGCAGACCUCGGUUUGUCAACCGUUCAGUAUGAAACUAUUCUGGCUAUUCUCUAUGUAACGUAUUGCCCGGCACAAAUACCCUCGAAUAUGAUUUUGAGUUAUAUUUCACGACCAUCACUUUAUAUCGGGGCCUGCGUUGUUGGAUGGGGUCUUACAAGUGCUUUAACUGGGGCCACAACGAACUUUGCGGGCAUCAUGGCUUGUCGUGUAUUCAUUGGUCUUCCCGAGGCUGCAUUUUAUCCUGGAGUCAUGUAUCUACUCUCGCGGUGGUAUACCAGCAAGGAGCUUGCCGUGAGGUCGGCCUGGUUCUAUGUUGGGCUUCUAAUCUCGAAUGCAUUCGGAAGUUUAAUUGCAGCUGGAAUUCUUGCAAAUAUGCAAGGCAAACUGGGACUUUCAGCCUGGAGAUGUGUCCCUCAUAACACUCGAUGGCUUAACGCAGCAGAGCGCCGCUUGGCUCAAGUUCGUCUCGCCGAAGAUGCAGGAGAGGCCGAUAAGGAUGCCGAUGACCUCACCAUUUACGAUGGCUUGGUGCUGGCUAUCAAGGAUCCAAAGACCAUCAUUUUCAUGUUCAUGAGCUGCUCGCAACUUCUGGGCCUGAGUUACAUCAACUUCUUCCCCACCUUGACUGCUACGCUUGGUUUCAACAAUACAAUUACAUUUUUGAUGGCGGCUCCUCCAUGGGUAUUGGCGUCAGCCUGUUGCGUACUCAACGCAUGGCAUGCAGAUAGGACUGGGGAGCGUUUCUUCCACAUCGCUAGCUGGUGGUGGGUGGUCAUCAUCGGAUACAUCGUCUCGCUAUGCACCAUGGCUACGGGCGGGCGAUAUUUUUCCUUGUUCCUCAUGACCACUGGGUAUUGUGGAUUUGCCUUGACAUUGACCUGGGUUUCAAACGCCAUUCCUCGUCCUCCAGCAAAACGCUCUGUAGCUAUGGGACUUGUCAAUGGGUUUGGAAACCUCGGUAACAUGAUGGGCUCAUACGUCUGGAAUGCCGCAUGGGGUCCUGAGUACCAUCAAUCCAUGAUUAUAGCAUUGUGCAGUCUCGUUUUUUCCACAUUCCUGGGCUUGCUAAUGCGGUGGAUAUUAAUCAAGGAGAAUAAGAAAAUGGAUAUGGAUGAGAAGCAAAUAAUGGAAGGCCCUGGACGCGAACGUAUUGAGGAGGCUGCUAGAUUGGAAGGAAUUUCAUUCGAAGAGGCUAUGAAAAGAAGGAAGGGCUUCAG